UUCGCCAGUCGAGCUCGUGCGAGGACGCGAGGCGCACCACAGCUCACGCUGUCCCGUUCUAACACCACAUCACGAUAAUGUACAAGUGAAAUAAAACAUUCUUCUUCAAGAAAAGUGUAUUUAAGAAAACAUUAGCAUCAUGUUUUGUAUAAGAAGAACUUUGAGGUUGUGUUCAUUUGAUUAAACAAGUGAUAUUGAACUUUCGGUUAAAUAUUCAUUGUAACGUGUUGCUUGAUAAGGAAGAUCCUGGAAACAAGUGACAAUGGACCCUGACAAGCUGUCAACGGUAUCCUCAACGACAGAGCGCCGGCCCCUCAUGGCGGCCCUGGUGCUGGAGAGACGCAUCCUCUUCGGCUGCACCAUCCUCGUGGGGCUCAGCACCUUCAUCUGGAUCACCGCCGUGUGCACUGAUAAAUGGGUGCACAUUGAGGGCGGGAAUGGUAUACACUUACCGUCGACGGGCCGCUACCUCAUGUCGAGCGAGUCCGGCGUGUGGCAGAUCUGCCGCUACGUGUUCCAGCCGGUCAACGCCACCAUCGUGCUCGCCAACGCCACCUCCACUACCACGCCGCGCCCCAGAGACCAAAUCAGUGGAUACUAUUUUACGAAAUGCACCAACUACUUGGCACCAACGAUGGUGAACGACAAGCCGAACGACCCAGCGUACGACGAGAAUGUUGCCAAUUACGUCCGUACCAUGGUCUCCUUCGGCAUCAUCAGCCUGUUCGUGAUGACGAUGGGCUGCGGGUUCUCCACCUACACCUUCAGGAAUCCAAGAUACAUGUUCAAAAGACUGGCUGCCGGCAUUCAUUUUAUUAGUACCGCAUGCACUUUUGUGGUGGUCCAAGUGAUGAUGUCCACGGUGGAUUAUUUGCGGAAGAACGUCAAAUUUGUCUACCCCGAUCGUGCUUAUCAUUAUUUCAACAUCAGCUUCUUCCUGGCCUGGUUCGUUGUGCUCGUCAACUGCUUCGCCGCCGCCGCCUUCCUGUGGUACUCCAAGAAGAGGAAAGGAGACAAGGCUGCCACGGAGGAACUGGGCAUGGCCGAUGAACCAACCAUCAUCGGGCGAUGACGCUCUUUCUGCCCAAUACCCGAACAACCAGCCAAACGGUUGUGAAUCUGCUUAUUCUACUGAACAGUGCUCAAUGACCAAUAGUUGCUAGCAAUGUUCAAGGUCUUCCACGGUAGUGUUCGCUGAAUCUCUUGCUCAGAGACUGAUAUAUGCUUAAGGUCAUCUCAAAGGAACUGAAAUAUAAGAUUGUCGUCCAUAAUAUACACUACACAACUUCCGUUCAAAAUAUUUUAAGGAUAAAACUUUCAAACUUUAUAUUUUACGUGGUUAUUUUUUACUUAUUUAUCAUACGUGGACUAUUUAUAAAUAUUGGAACUACCUAUAUUGAAUGCCAUACAAAAAAUACACAUCUGUUUUUAUAUACUUAAUACAUUUUUUUUCUUUAUAUGUAUUAUGAGUAUAAGAAAGCGACUCCCCUCUGGCUUACAUGCGCUACCACUCAGUGUUAGUAUUUUAUCAACUCUCAGCAACAUGGUUUUCUAUUUAUUCCUUAAUAAAUUAUAUAAGAGCUUGGGAUAUAUCUUAAAUAAGUACCUAUACUUAAUGAAUGUGUGCUACAUUAUCCUUAAUAUUAUAUUAUUAUAUGUACUUAAAUGCUAAGCAUAAAAUAUUUAUACGUUACACUACCUAUAUGCGUCACAAUCUCUAUUCUCAACUUUAUGUUGUCUUUAUAAACCGAUUUGCAAGUUUACCUAUUUUAACGUGAUUGUGAAAUUAUGUAAGGUGUAUAAAGCAAUUAAAAUAUUGUAUAUUAUUAUAAUACCUAAUCUGAUCGAUAUUGUAUUUGUCUGUAAUUAUUAUGCCGUUUGUGCACGGCAAAGCGUUUAGUUUUGUUCUAGUCAUAAUUAUAAAAAAUAUGUUAAGUUGUGAAAGAGUUGUUAUUGUAAUUCCAAUCAAAUGCAAGUUUGUGUGAUUUGAUAUUUCUCUAUAGGUAUAAAUGAUACGUGUUAAAUUAGUUCUUGACUUUUUAUCAUCUAUUAAACUCCUUAAAUUCUC